CUAAAAUCCAAGACAAGGAAGGAAUUCCACCAGAUCAACAACGUUUAAUCUUUGCUGGCAAACAAUUAGAAGAUGGUCGAACAUUAUCCGACUACAACAUUCAAAAGGAAUCAACUCUCCAUUUGGUACUUCGUCUUCGUGGUGGUCAAUAA